AUGGAGCCUCUUUUAUAUGCUGGCAUGUUUGUGUUUGCAAAGCACCCAACUCAAGACCAAGAAUCAAAUAUCAUCUUUAAGAAACUAGAUCUUGCUUCCUUAGCAUCAGUACGACAAUUUCUCGAAGAGAUCUUACAAGAAGAAGAACAUAUCAUGUACGUAAUAAAUAAUGCUGGAGUUGUUGUCCAUUACAUGUUAACUGAAGAUGGAUUUGAACUUCAAUUUGGUGUUAAUCAUCUUGGUCAUUUUCUCCUCACAAAUCUCCUCCUUGAUCGCAUCAAACAGUCAACUCCGAGUCGUAUCAUUAACGUAUACAGCUUUAGCUAUGUUCAUGCUAAUCUAGAUUUUGAUGAUAUGAUGUGGGAGAAAAAAGGCUUUAAAGUAGGGUCAUCAUAUGCUCGUAGCAAACUAGCUAACAUAAUGUUUACUCUUGAGUUAGCUAAACGAUUGGAAGGAACUGGUGUUAGUACAUACUCAAUACAUCCUGGAAUUAUCAAUACAGAACUUCUUCGUAACGUACCUUGGUGGUUAUGGAUUGUCCUUAUG